ACGAAUACACAUACAAUAUACAAGCUUUUGACUGGUUGAAGUUGUGAGAAGAAUAAAUACUUAGAUUUAAACUCCAGUCGGCCCUUAAAAGUAUUAAUCACGAAGAAGUCAAGUGUCAUUGGUUUCUGCUCUCUGUGUGUGGACUAACUGCAGCCACUAGGCGUGAGCGCAUGCCCCGGGACAGGUGGUUGCGACCCUAACCUGGUUGUGGUGCUGGGCUGGCGUGCAUCAUGCAUCGGAGGUCCUCGGGCGGCCGGCUGGCGCAGGAGUGGGUGGCGUCGCCGCGCUCCGCCGGAGAGCAGCAGCUGACCCACCAGCGCGACGUGAUUGUGCACCGCGACAACACCGGCUACGGCUUUACCGUGUCCGGCGACACGCCCGUCUCCGUGCUCAGCGUCAAACUAGAUGGACCGGCGGCGCGCGCCGGUGUUCAGAUGCUGGACAUCAUUGUCAAGGUGAACGGCAAGUCGGUCAACCAGCUCAACCACCAGCAGGUCGUCAGCUCCAUCACCUCCAGCUCGAGCGUGCUGCUAACUCUGGAGAGCUGCCGCAGCCCGCCCAGAAUGCCGAACGGAGCUGCCAGCACGCCGCCGCAGCGGCCGCUGCCGCCCAUCCCUAACCAGCAGCGAGAGAUCACGGGGCCGCAGCCAGUGGAUGCGGUGUCGCGGCGCCACUGGGCCUACAAGAAGUCGCACACCAUCCAGCUCAUGCUGGAGGAGGAGGAGCGGCAUGUGGACUCCCUGCGCGCCCAGCUGGCAGCCGCCACCGGUCGGGCGGGCGACAGCGGCCGGCUGCGAACCGAGCUCAGCAACGCAGAGGCCUGCUGUCGGCUGCUGCGGCAGCAGCUCGAUUCUCUGUCGGGCCCGCCGGCCGGCGAGCCAGCCGCAGCGGCGUCCCCACUGACGGCGGCUGCUCGCUCCCCCACGGCCUCACUAUCCCCCGCCGACACACCGCCGCCACUGCCGCAACGUAACCGGGCGCACACGACGGCCGGCGGCACGCCGCUGUCUGCGGCCGCCGCCGGCCGGCUGGACGUGCCGCCGGCGCUGCCGCCGCGCACCUACCGCACCGACACUGCCUCCUCGGCCGCUACCGGCGGCGCCACCGGGGACCUGCAGCGGUCCGCGUCCUCCGCCUCCGCGCAGAACAAGAGCACAUCGCCUGCACGCGCGGCCGUCUCACCGACCCACCAGCGCACAAAGUCGUCACCGGACCCCAUCAGUCUGCGAGCGGCCAUCGCCAAACGACGCGAGAGUCCGCGGCGGCUGAGCGCGGCCGAGUCUAUGGGUGACCUGGGCUCGGGUCGGCACGCCCGGUCAUCACACCACGUGGCCGGGGACGCCGAUAGUCCGCUGUUCACCCCACCCGGCACACCGCCGCCGCCCUAUGGAGGAAGCACGUGUGAUGUGGCCUCUGCGACGGCGGCCGGCGACUGGGACAGAUUCGACCAUGAGCCCGGGUCGGCCGGCAGCGGCGGAGGUCGUUCCUCGGCCAGCCGUCGCGUGCCCUACACGCGCUCCUUCAGCCUGACCAGCGCGGCGCCUCGAACACCGGCAUCGAACGGCGCCUGCUGCCAGUCACCAGACGUCUCCGGCCCUUUCUCGCCCUCGCAGGUGUCUGCGACUGACACGUCUGGCUCCAGUCCCGGCAUGGUGCAGCGGGUGAACCAGCCGCACAUCAUGUCCAUAGAAGACGACGACCUCUCCGAACAGGAGUGUGGUCAGGAGGACCACGGGCCUUUCAACAGUCUGAAUAACCUGCUGCACGAUCACGCUCACCUAGCUGUCUUUAUGAAUUAUGUGAUAUCCAACUGCGAUCCCUCGAGCCUGUUUUUCUACUUAAUCAGUGAUUUGUACAAAGAGGGCAAUGCGAAGGAUAUGCGCCGCUGGGCGUAUGAGAUUCACUCCACUUUCUUGGUGCCUGAUGCUGUGAUGCGGGUUAAUGGCAUUGAGGAGGGUUCCCUACUGAAGAUAGACGAGAUUCUCCUCCGAGACUUGGACAAGGAGGAGAAACUGCGCACGAUAUUCCAGCGGGCACGGGCGCGAGCGCGAGAGGACAUCAACGACCAGCUGGCCGAUUUCCGCGGGAAGCGGACGGCCGGCCUGGGGGCCAUGUUCGGCCCCAAGGACUCUGAACUGGAGGAGGCGCGGCACGACAAGGCGCGCGAGGGCCGCAUCAUCGAGGACGUGCUGGUCAAACUGCUGGAGACCGUACACCAGUCCUCUGAGCUGGAGAACGCCUCUGAGCAGACGCAGACCCAGGCGUCCAGCUUGGCCACCAUCCUCUACAAGUACUUCAACUACCGCAGUCCCAGCCUGCAGCAGAUCGUCGAGAGCUGCCCCCUGUUCGUCUCCAAGGAGCGCUCCUUCAAGUCCAAACUGCUCAACAGGCAUAAAAAGCCGCCGGUGGUGCGUGGUCACCAGUUCCAGCUGCACCAGUACUACAUCGUCACUGCCUGUAACGCCUGCCAGGACUCGAUCCGCGGCAUCAGCCCGCAGGGAUACCAGUGCGCCCACUGUGAGAUGAACAUCCACAAGGCGUGCCUGCGAACUGUGGAGGAACAGUGUGUGGGCGCCAUCCCGCGCCGCGGCGGCGACAAGAUCAGCAACCUCAUGGCCAAAAUAAUGCCCGAACAGAGGAAGAAGACGGGCAACAGCUUCAACCUAGGUCAGAGCGACCGGUCCAAGAGGACGAGGGACGACUCACCGGACCAGGCGAUUGCCGAGACCGACCCGGGCGCGUCUGGUGACCGGGCAGUCCCCGCGAGCGGCCGGCCCGACCAGCGGCGACCAGACACAGUCACAGAAAAGGAUGAGCGGCGCGGCGACGAGCCGCUCGACGGCGCCGACGUCGGCUCCACCAACAGCGGUCCGCCGCAGAUCGGGAAGAAGCCGGCGUCGACGGCCAUCACCCGGUCCGAGAGCUACCGGGACCACCGCAACAGUCGGAGACACACACGAGAGAAGAGGAAACACAGCGACCCGAACAUCCCCAGCUCCAAAGUCAGUGAUGUCGACCUCGACAGUCAAGGACUAUGCAACAACAACCACUCUGGGAGUUCGUCCAACUCGAGCCUCUCGGCACGCCAGGAGAGCCCGUCGGCGUCUCUGGACACGGUGUCGGUGGGGGGCCGGGUGGCCGGCACCCUGGCAGAGGGCACACCCGGCUGGGACUCGGAUAUGGAGGUGGACGCCGACCCACCCGACUGGCAGCGCUCCAUUGACGCCGAGACGCGCCGCCACCUCCGGCCCAAGGAGAAACAGCGGCUCGAUGUCGUCAACGAGCUGUUCCACACAGAACGAACCCACGUUCGAAAUCUGAAGGUGUUGGUUCAUCUGUUUAAUCGGCCGAUGAUCAACCUCAACAUUCUGCAACCCAACGACAUCAACCUGCUGUUCGGUAACCUCGAAGAAUUGUUGGAGAUUCACUCGAGGUUUAACGCGGCAAUGAAGAAGCGGCAGAAGGAGGACCCCAUGAUGGAGAAAGUCGGCGACAUUCUCGUCAACAUGUUCGAAGGCGAACAGGGCGAGAGCUUCAAGACAGCAGCGGCCGCCUUCUGCCGGUGUCAGUCGAUCGCGCUGGAGAAGCUGAAAACCCUCCAGAAGCGCGACCAGCGGCUGGCGGCGUUCCUGGCGGAGGCAGAGAGCGAUCCGGUCUGCCGACGACUGCAGCUUAAGGACAUCCUGCCGACGGCCAUGCAGCGGCUGACCAAGUAUCCGCUGCUGCUGACCAACCUGGCCAAGUACACCGUGAGAGGCUCCGAGGACCACGCGCUCGUACUGCGCUGCUGUGAGAAGAGCAAGGCCAUCCUGGAGCAUGUCAACAAGGUCAAGGGUGAGACGGAGCGGCACGAGCGGCUAGUCGAGAUCCAGAACAAGCUGGAACAGAACGGCUUCAGCCGCGUCGACAACCCCAUCGUCAACGAGUUCAACGGCAGGCUGGACCUCACCAAGUACCGGAUGGUACACGAGGGGCCUGUUAUGUGGAAGUUCAGUAACAAGGGCAAGCACGUGGAGCUGCACAUGAUCCUGCUGGAGGAGUUUAUCGUGCUACUGCAGAAACAGGACGACAAAUACGUGCUCAAAUUCCACACCGUGACCGGGCGGGAGAUCAGUCCCAUCGUCAAAAACGAGAACAUCCUCGUACGACCAAUGGCCACAGAGAAACGCGCCUUCUUCAUCCUCCAUAAUCUGAACGUGGGUCCUCAGAUCUACGAACUACUGUUCGCCAGCUCCAGCGAGCGAGACCAGUGGUACCGGCUCAUCAAGGAGGCAGCCGACUCGUACCAGGGCCGAGACGGCAAGGGCCACAAACGCACCGAGUCGGCACACACCCUCCUCCAGGCUCAGGACUCGAGCGAGGCGGCGCCGACGCCCGCGCCCGCCGCCGCCGACGAGCCGGCCGACAGCGCAGCGGCGCCCGCCGGCGCAGAGGCGGCCCUCUCGCCCGGAGCCACUUCCCCGCCGGACGCGUCUCCGGCGGCGUCCCCGACGGCCCCACGCAGCCAGCUGACGGCCAAGGCGGCGGCAGCCGCCGACGGCGCCGCCUCGCCCGGCGAGAAGCGGCGCAUGCAGCGGGUCGAGAUGCUCAAGAUCGCCGAGUGCACGCAGCUGAUCGACCCGGCCGAGGUGGUGGUCUCACAGGGCGUGGUGCUCUCGGCCGAGCCCGUCCUCACGCCCAUAGAGCGGCUGCGGCGGAAGGACGAACAGGUGCGUCAGACACUGGCAGAGAAACAGCAGCUGGUGGCCGACAUCCUGCAGAUCCCGCGCGACGACUUUGCGCACAUCGCCGAGCUGGCCGCCGAGUCGGGGGGCGAGAAGGACGCCAGGGAGCUCAUACUGAACUCUAUACUGAGCGUGGACCGCAACAUGUCCAUCAUCAACGAGACGCUGAAGGUCACUGAGGGUGACAUUGUCAGCAGCACGUGCACCCCCGGCCCGCCCGAGUCACCGGGCGCGUCAGCAGCGGCGUCGGCGCCGGCGGAGGGCGGCGGCCCGCGGCGACCGGUCAGUCCUCGGCCGCGGCGCACUGACCGCAGUCGAAUGGCGGCCAUCCACCAGCUGCUGCAGGUCAACAGCCAACUGAGCGCCACGCUCACCACGCUACUGGGCGUAAUGACCGAGCGUGACGAGGAGCGCGAGCGGAUGCGGAAGGAGCUGCGCUACUCGCACGAGCGUAUCCACCAGCUGCACCGUGAGUCGGCCGGCGGCGGCGCGCUGGCGGCCUCCCCGCCGGCGGCGGCGCCGGCGCCUCUCGCCGCGCCCGAGCACGACUCCAGCCGGCCGCACAGCUUCGUCUCCGUGGCGAGCUCGUCGGACGCGGGCGCGGCCGGCGGCGGCGGGCCGGCCGAGCACGCCGAGACAGACGAAGAGAGCUCGCGAUCCCGGCCCGACACGGGCUCCCAGGAGAGCGGCGGCCCCGCGUCCGACACCCUGGAGGAGUCCACUCACGAGACCGAGACGUUCGACUCUGCCUCGUCCGGUAGCGCGUGUCUGACGUUCGAGUCGGCGGCCGACCAGACGUGAGGCGGCCCAACCGCCCCGCCGCCGCCGCCGCCGUCGACCUGUGCAGGUGCCAAGACCGCCACUUCUGCGAGUCGUGUGUGUACAUAGGAUAAUUAUAUUCUAUCGAAAGUGUGUGAGCAAGUGGUGCGCAUUGUGUAACAACUUAAGUAUACCAAAUUUGUUAUUGUUAUUUUUGAAGAAUUCCACAGGGGCGCGUCGUCGCUCCUGGCAUCGGUCGCUUGAGCUUACGUUGGAGGCCGGCGGCUGCGAACGCCGGCUGGCGAGCGCGCGUAGGCCUUUCUAAGAGCGCGCGCUCGCUCGCUCGCGCAGUUGUAAGUUGGGUUUGGUGCGCGUGGCGGCGCCCCGGUCGGUCGGGCGGGCGGGCAGUGCCCGGCUCGAGCGCCCAGCGCCGGGCCGCUUCACGUCUCUCCUAUUGACCAAGAUUAGGACGGGCUGGUACCGUAAUCUUUGUGACACGGCGCGGCGCCGCCGCCGCCUUCGCGAUCGGAGAGACGGAGCGAGAGAGAGGGUGAGAGCGAGCCGCGCGAGAGCGAGGGAGAGAGGACCGAUGUGUAUGUACCCGAGCACAAACGCCCGCUGCGAUUUAGUACUGUACCUAUUUGUUCUGUCACUGAGACCAUUUAUACCACUGCGUCGCCAACCAGUUAAGAUAAACGACUGAUUCGAGA